AUGACGAUCACCAAGAGCCGCGGAGCCACGAAGAGGCUAGGCCCUAUCAGCAUGGGCAGCAAGAUCGUUCGAUUCCGAGUCAAAAACAUCGACCGCCGCUUCACUGUGCACGAGGAUCUCAUCUGCAAGACAUCCAAGUUCUUCAAAGACCGCCUACAGAAAGCCCGCAAGCCGGUGAAAGGUGAGUGCUUUGUCUGCACUGAAGACCUGGAUCCGAAGAUAAAGGACCUCACCUUCUGCGCAAUGUGCGGCCAAAACGUCCAUGUUAGCUGCAUCGAGCGGUGGAAACAGACAGCUAGCAUCCAAGGCAACGAUCGUUCGCUCCCGACCUGCCCCAUGUGCCGCCAUGUCUGGGAGAAUGAGUCCUUGCUCACGCACCUCCGUUUGACUGAUAGCCUGGAACCCGAGUCAGUUCAAGUUUAUCUCGACUGGCUCUACUCCGGCACUGUUCAUAUCGAUGCCGCCAUCUCACGCGAUACAGACACUUACAAUGUUUGUAUCCUCCAAGCCUGGGAGGUCGCCAGCGUUGUGGAAGAUGAGGUAUUCAAGGACAAGAUAAUUCAAACCUGGUUCACAGAGCGUAGGAUGGACUUUUACAGAGAUACUGUCCAGUGGGCAUUUGUGGAAGGUAGAGGCAAUGAUGAGAUCAGAGCCUUUGUUAUCGAAGACUUUCUCCGUUUCUUAGAGCCAGGAUGGUUCAAGAACUACUCUGCGGGGUGGCCGAGGGUGUUUUCGGUGGCACUUGCAGAUGCGGCUCUUGAUAGAAUGGAGGACCACACGACCUAUAAAGGGCUGAUGAGGAAGUACAUGGCAGCGAGAAGUGGACAGUGACCCCGAGACGGUACAGGAGCCUGCAGGGCCUGCUGUUC